AUGGUUUUCUUUGUGGCACCAUUACUUCCACUAGUGAUGCAAUCCACUGAAGCGUUCAAGUCAUUUAUUGGAGAUGCGUGCGACAAACGCAAGAUUAAACUGUCAUCAUUCAUGUUAUACGCCGUGAAAUUGUUAAAUUCAUCAGUAGGAAAGGCCAUAUCACAAGUAUUCUCAAAGGUUACAUCAUCGACUACAUUCUUUGCUAAUGAUUUCGUUCGCCGUUCCUUCAGUUUUCGGCGGAAGAAAGUAGAACGACCAAAUGUUGAUGUGUCAGCACGUGCUGCCUUCGCCAACUUCUCAGCUCUGAAAAACGAUGAAAGUGAUGAUCCUAAUUGUGUAACAUCAUAUUAUGGAGAUGAGCAACAAUUAUAUGCUCUCGAUAGAUCGUCUACAAAUAGCAAACAACAGUUAAGAUUUUCGUUGAAAUUUGGUGAGUGCAACAUGCGACGUCAGCGCACGUUAAAUCCACGUGGUGUUGCUUACGCAUUUACACUCAUUGUAUCGUUCCAUCCGAUUUUCGAGACAGAAGUUGAUCGAGCAUAUCGAGUUCGAUGUUUUUUCACUGAAUCGGUUAAAGCACUCGAAGCUACAAUAGGUGUUAGAACUUCAGAACAAAGUACGAGCUCAAAGAGAAUUCACUCUAACGACAGUUUGAAGCUAUCGGAAAUAUCUGCUUCGGAAAUGAAAGUUGCUGAAAUGGAUCUCACAGCACGCGUUGUUGUAUUACCAUUGGUUGAAGUUCACCUUUCAAAUGCAUCACUAUCAAAUAGUAAUUAA